AUGAGCACCCGCGCCCGAACCCGGUCGGCGACAGCAGCAUCGCACGUACCCACACCACAGCCCCCUCCCAGAUCUCGAAGAAAUCAGGUAGCAGCGCCCACUGAAGCUCUGGUAACAGAAGAGGGGCGUGGGAUUCAAAAACAUGACUCUGAAGAGAAGGAAAACCACAGCAAGGAUGUCGCAGAUCGUGAAAACGGCCUGAGUGCUGCUGGAAGGAACGUAAAACGCAAGCUUCAGACCAAUGGUAAGGCGAAGGGCAAGGGCAAGGCGAUCUGUACCUGCAGAGGCCAAGAUGAUGGAACCCCAAUGAUAGAAUGUUCGCGUUGCGGUGAAUGGUAUCACUUCACAUGUAUCCAGCUAAGCGAGAACGACGCUGAGGACAUCCGUAUAUACAUCUGCCCACCAUGUACUGAAAAAACCAGUGAACGUACUAUAAUGGACUGGGAAGGUGCCGAAGCAGUGGAAGAAGUCAAGCCCACUAUAACAAUUCCCAAACGACAAAACAAACCCCCUCAAACGAAUGGUGAUCGGAGGAAUGGGGCGACGGAGAGCAAUCACGUUGCCAUACCGAGCUCUGAGUCGGAGGGGGACGCAGAUAGCGAAGAUGACUAUGUGUCAGAGGCUGCGAGGAGUACGAUGAAAGGAAAGCGCCGUAUUGCUCGGCAAUCUUCGUCUGAAGAAUCCGAUGGCAUGUCUCAGGACGAACGACCUGGGAGGCGUCGUUUGUCGCGUCAAGGCGGCUCGCCUAGUCUCAAGCGCAAGCGGACGACCAUCCGAGAGCCUGUACCGAAAAGAAAGAAAAGCGAGUCCGAAGCGCCAGCGGAAGAGGAUCCCACCAGGAAGUACUGUCUAGGCAAACUUGCCGAGUUGUUUUCCAAGGUCUUCCUUAAGUAUCCUCACUUGCAUGUCGAAGGUGUGGCUGUGGAGAAACAGCAGGAGGAAUUGACGGACGAUGACAAACGCAGACUGGAGGAAGCAGCGAAAGAGUUUUCUACUGGGCUGGAGCAAUGUGUUUUUGAUAUAUACUCUGAGCCUGACAAGGCUGGAAGGCCUCACGCUGGGGCAAAGUACAAGGAUCGGUUCCGCAUGCUUCAAUUUAAUUUAGGCAAAGAUGACCGUGUCGUGAUCCACAAACGCAUAGCUUCUGCUCAAAUCACUCCCAAAGAGAUAUCUAUGAUGUCCUCCACUGAUUUAGCGAACGAGGAGACAAAGCAAUCUAUCAAGCAGCUGGAGCAGGAAGCGCUGGAGCAUUCGAUCUUGCAGAAAGCAACCGUGCCCCGUGCGAAGAUAACGCAUAAGGGUUUCCAGGAUAUUGAAGAUGAGAAUGGUUUGUUGACGAGUACGCGAGAACUUGAACGCGAGCGCGAGCGUCAGGUGGAAGAGGAGGAGAGAAUCGAAAGGGAAAGGCUUGCGCGUUUACGUAGCCAGCGUCAGCGAACGCAGUCCGUGUCUGUACCCCCCGAAUCGCCUCUGAGUGCAACUGGACAGUCCCCCGCGAGAUGGGGUGCUCCUCCGCCUCUGCCUAGCCAUGUCUCCUCGACCACGUCCCCAUUAGAUCAGACUCCUAUAUCUGCUUCGGACACAAACCUCUAUCCUUUGGAACCAGAGCUGAACCUCGCAGAUCUGAUCAAUAUCGACGACGACCUACAGGUCGCAACGAACGAACCACCACCCUCGUCCGCUGAGACAGACGUAUCUCAGUUAGACCCUCACACCACCGAAUCGCCUACCGUUCCCACCACUGGUAUUUCCCCCUUCUCCCCCAAUGCACCCAAAGCAGACACGCUUCACCAAGCAUCGUUCGACCUGAAUGCUAUAUGGACCGCUCCUACGUCUACUGCCUCCGAUCAACCAAGUACCACUCCCCCGGGCUCGCCUCCUGCACAUUAUUCUUCGAUAUAUGCGCGCGCAAAGAGCACACCCGAUUCGGAACCUGUCGCGGAAGACCAGGACUUCGAUAUGUUCUUGGAAGAGCCCACUCCCGAGACGCCCGCCGUAGCCGACCCACCCUCGUACAACUUGGAUUCGCUGCCUCCGGUUUGGUCCGGGAAGAUUAGCAUGCCACUUGAUUCGACAAUACCUCAAGAAACGCCGGUAGUAGCUCGUCAAGUUGGUGGUCGAACUCUGGUACCAGAGUCCCUACUUUGGAAAACACUGUUUCCGUCAGACAUCCUCAGAAUCGAAGGCCGAGUCCCUGUAGACAAGUCCGCAGAGUAUCUACUGCAGAUGCGCAUGAAUGCAAGCAAAGAGCUCAUUUCCGCGGCCUUCUCUCCGGCUACAGAACAAGAUACCGCUCCUUUGCAAAUCAUCUCUGACUUCCUCAUUGGUAAAGGGCGCCACGGCCUAAUAUUUCCGUGGGGGCAUCGACCAAAGGAUCACCAUCCCGGCCGCGAGCUGUAUAUUAUUCCUUUGCUCUCGACUGAACCCUUACCAGAAUACAUCGAACUUUUGGACGACUUGAAGCUACCGAAAGUUCGAACGACCAACUGUCUUAUUGGUAUAUGGAUACUUCAAAAGGGCAAACUUGCCCCUCCAAUCAACACCUUCAUCGCUCGACCGCAAACAGUGCACGAAGGACCCUCCACUGCCCCAUCCAUUCAUUCCCCUGCUAUCCCAACUCCUCCUUUCCCCCCAGUCGCGCCUCAAAUCGUGCCUCAAAUCGAACCCGCUGUCCUAGCCGCGGAGGUGGCUUCGUUGACACCCGAGCAAAUCCAAAUGAUGCUCAGGACACUCACUUCUGGGUCCGCCGUUCCGAUUCCAGUUGUGACCGACAUAGUGCCUCCACCACCGCCUGCUGCCCCACCCGCGCCACCCGCACACUGGGGGAACAAUGUGCCAACGUUUUCGCAGGGUGGAGGACCACCUCCACCUUUCCCACCUUAUAAUGACAUACGCGAGGGAAUCGGGGAGACCGUGGAGGUCGGGGAAGGAGUCGAGGACGGGGUCGUGCCCGUAGAGACGAUGAUGAGUUCACCAGAAGACCUUCAGAUUCCGGAUGGCCAAGGCGUCACCGUGGUGAUUACCGAGGAGAUGACUAUCGAAAAGAGCAGUGGACUUAGUAGUGUCCCUUCUAUCUCUUGUGCCUUUUCCAUUCCAUUAAUUAAGUAG